GAAAUAAUGGAAAACUACACAAUUAUUGAGUUUAUUGAGAGAACAAUAGAUUGUUUAUUCGAUGUUCGGUUUAAAGCAUUGGGUGUCUAAGCAUUCUUCAGACUUCUGGUCUGAUGAACGUCUCCGUGGAAUGACAAUGGAUUUCCUCAAAGAGAUUGAAGCAAGUCCAGGCUUACUUCCAGCUGAACAUAAAUCCGCAGCACAGUUACUGCGUCUGUUGGAACGUGCUCCGGAUAGAGCUGUUGACUUGAAAGCUCUAUUUAUACCACCAAGAGUUCCUUCUAAAGAGAGCGUCGAAACAUUAUCAGCGCUGGAGAUUGCGGAACAGAUGACGUACUUGGAUUAUCAAAUCUUCAGUUCGAUUCAUAGCGAGGAGUUCUUGGGCCAAGCUUGGACGAAAAGCGACAAAGCGGUGCGCGCGCCACAUAUACUGAUGAUGACGGCUCAUUUCAACCAUAUCUCAAACCUCGUUAUAUCGGAGAUUCUGAAGAAGUACACCCUGACUGGUUCCGCCAAUCUGAAGAACGACCCAAAAGCGCGAAAAAUUGCCGAAAAUCAGGCAAAGUGCGUAGUUGGCUGGCCGACGGCGUGGCAGUUCGCACUAACGGAACGUCGGGGCCAGCGCGGAGUCGGGAGACACAGUUCUCGGUCGACAAGCGUUGGGUGCACUCGCAUUUCUCCGACGGAACGUCUGCCUCGGUUACUUUAAACACAUAUUAUCUAGAUAAAGACUCGUGAUUAAAUUAAUAUAUUGUGAUUAAUGUGAUUUAUUAUUGUGCUAAUUGUGAACCAAAUUAAAUUAUAGACGAUUAUUGUGUUUGUGU